GCCAUUGUAGUAAAAUAAACGUUAUACAGAAAUAAAUCUGUGUCAUAGGAGUAUUCUUAAAAUGUCUUUAUGUAAAUCAAAACGCUUAGUACUACUUGUUUUUGAAAUUUUAUUUGUUACUUUAGUUACUUGUUCAGCCGAUGAAAACUGUGAAACAUCACUGAGUGAAAUAUUGGUCACAAAGGAAGAGUAUGACGAAAUGGGAAGACUGGUCAGAUCAUGUAAUGGAGAGGUGACUGUGAACAAAUGUGAAGGAAUGUGCAGUAGCCAAGUGCACCCUUCUAUUGCAACAAUAACAGGGUUCUUAAAGGAAUGUCAUUGCUGUAGAGAAAAUUACCUCAGAGAACGUAUCGUUACACUUUCACAUUGUUACAAUGCCGAUGGUGUAAGAUUGGAAGAUCCUAAACACGCUGUUAUGGAAGUAAGGCUUCAAGAGCCAGACGAAUGUCAAUGUUUUAAAUGCGGAGACUAUAGCCGAUGAAAAACUGUUCACAUUAAAAUUUAUAACUGCGUGAUACAUAUGGGCGAUGGAUACGUGAUGACAUAAAUUUUACGUAAUUUUAUGCAUAGUGUUAUUUAUGUUCUAAAUUUGGUCAAGGUUUUAAAAUUAAAUAAAUAUGAA